ACCAAGCCGAAAGAAAAGAAUCCAUUUGUCGGCAUCGUUUUUCGUCGUGGUGUCUUUUCCGUUUUUAAACAAAAUUUCUUCAGGAAAAAAUAAAAAUCUACAGGAAAUAAAUUGUAUUAACAAUUAGGUGACUGUGUAGUGUCAGUGAUUUUUGUUGAAAAUGGCAUCCGACGAGGAAGUGGAAGAUUCUUUUGCCGGAGAGGAAGAAGCAGCUGAAGAGCCUAUUGGUGAAACCGGUGAAACAGAAGAUGUUUCUGAUGAAGGGCCACCUAAAGUAGAAGAAGAAGAUGAUGAUUAUGAACCUGAAGACGGUCGUAAAAAGAAAAAAGGAAAAAAGAGAAAAAUUCGAGGUGAGGGUGAAGGUAGCAGCAAGAAAGGUAGAAAAAAGAAGAAAAAGAAGAAGAAUGAUAGUGGCGAGGAAAGUGAUUUUGCUGGAGAGGAUGAAAAUGGAGGAGAUUCAGAUUAUAGUGGCGGUAAAAGAACUGGGCGCAAACCGAAAUCAUCUAAACACACUUCUUCAACUCCAUCCACCCCCUCUGGAGAAACAAUGAGUUCAGGAGGCAGCGGUAUGCCCACCAUAGAAGAGGUCUGCUCCAGCUUCGGCCUUUCCGAUGUUGAGAUAGAGUAUAGUGAGCAAGACAUGCAAAAUUUAACAUCUUAUAAGCUAUUUCAGCAGCAUGUUAGACCUUUACUGACAAAAGAAAAUCCUAAGGUUCCGAUGUCGAAAUUAAUGAUGCUAGUAGCCGCUAAAUGGCGUGAGUUCUCCAAUAUCAACCCCCAUCUCAAAGCCGAUUCAGAUAACCAAGAAUCGUCAACUUCAACCUCGACGCCUGCCAACGAAGAGAAUUUCCAAAAACCGGCGAGGGCUUCAAGGGCAUCCAAAGAGGCGGCCUCAAAAAUUGUUGAAGCUGAAGCUGAAGAUUUUGAUGAGGACGAUGACGAUGAAGAAGAUGAUAGAAGUCUUUCGUCGUUCAAAGAAAAGAAACAAAAACGCGGCAGAAAACCUGGUCGAAAGAAGGCGGCCUCAAAAGUACCAACUUUAAAAAUUAAACUUGGAAAAAGAAAACGAGGUAGUUCAGAAGAAGAGGAAGGAAGCAAUGCUGGCUCAGAUAAAGACUCGGAUGCCGAGUUUGAGCAGAUGCUACAGGACGCAGAUGAGAAGUCCAGAAGUGACAACAAUGAUGCCGGAUCAUCAAAAGCUACUUCAGAGGCUGGAGAUGAGGUUGCUCCAAGGAGGAAAGCCAAAACCAAGAUUGGUGGUAAAUCGAAGAGGAAAAGAAAAACUAAACAAAAAGAUGAUGAACCAUAUGAGCACCAAGAUUACUGUGAAGUAUGUCAGCAAGGAGGAGAGAUUAUUCUCUGUGAUACUUGCCCGAGAGCAUACCACUUGGUAUGUCUAGAACCAGAAUUGGAUGAAGCUCCGGAAGGAAAAUGGAGCUGUCCUCAUUGUGAAAGCGAGGGUCCCGCAGACCAAGAUGAUGAUGAACAUCAAGAAUUUUGUCGUGUAUGUAAAGACGGUGGUGAACUUUUAUGCUGCGAUUCAUGUCCAUCUGCUUAUCACACUCAUUGUCUGAAUCCGCCUCUCACCGAUGUCCCGGAUGGAGACUGGAAAUGCCCCAGAUGCAGUUGCCCACCUCUCAAGGGCAAAGCAGCCAAGAUUUUGACUUGGAGAUGGAGUGAAGUGGAAAUUCCAAGUAAAGAUAAGAAAGAGGUGACAAAACACAGGCGACGCGAAUUUUUCGUAAAAUGGCACGAACGUUCCUAUUGGCACUGCAGCUGGAUCACCGAGUUGCAAUUGGAUGUUUACCAUCCCCUUAUGUUCCGUAGCUACACCAGAAAGUACGAUAUGGAAGAGCCGCCUAAGUUUGAGGAACCUAUUGAUGAAGCCGAUUCUCGUUGUACAAGACUUCUCAAGAUGGGAGGGUCUACAAACGACCAAGAAAUGGAAGAAAAGUUUUAUAAGUAUGGAGUAAAACCUGAAUGGCUAAUUGUUCAUAGAGUUAUAAACCACAGAACCAUGAGAGACGGGAGAACUCUUUAUUUGGUAAAGUGGAGAGAGCUGUCUUAUGACCAAGCAACAUGGGAAGAAGAAAACGAUGAUAUUCCAGGAUUAAAACAUGCCAUUGAGUAUUACCAAGAUUUAAGAGCGGCUAAUUUAAGUGGAUCUAAAGCUGGCAGAAAGCCUAAAUCCUCAAAACCAUCUAAGCCGAGAAAAGAGCUAUUGGAUGAUGAAGGUCGAGUAAUCGCACGUAAAUACACUUCUCCUCCCGAUAAACCUAUUAGCGAUCUUAAGAAGAAGUUCGACAAACAGCCCGCCUAUUUGGACGAAUGCGAUAUGCAGUUGCACGAAUAUCAAUUGGAAGGUCUUAACUGGUUGAGGUACUCAUGGGCCAAUGGCAUCGAUACUAUUCUAGCAGACGAGAUGGGUCUCGGAAAAACUAUCCAAACGAUAACAUUUUUAUACUCCCUUUAUAAGGAGGGUCAUUGCAAAGGCCCGUUUUUGGUAUCAGUACCUUUAUCAACUAUUAUUAACUGGGAAAGAGAGUUUGAAACUUGGGCACCAGAUUUUUACUGUAUUACUUAUGUGGGUGAUAAAGACUGCAGAGCGGUGAUCCGUGAAAAUGAGCUAACUUUUGAAGAAGGAGCAGUAGCGCGGGCCGGCAAGGCGUCCAAACUGCGUGCUACUUCUGUUAAAUUCAACGUUCUACUAACCAGUUAUGAAUUGGUUUCCAUAGAUUCAGCUUGUUUGGCAUCAAUCGAUUGGGCUGUGCUGGUUGUAGACGAAGCUCAUAGAUUGAAGAGUAAUCAGUCAAAAUUCUUCAAGUUCUUAAGCAGCUACAGUAUCCAAUAUAAACUUUUACUGACUGGUACCCCACUACAAAACAACUUGGAGGAAUUGUUCCAUCUGCUAAAUUUCUUAAAUCCACAGAAAUUCAAUGAUUUACAAAUAUUCCAGAAUGAGUUUGCUGAUAUAUCAAAGGAAGAUCAGGUUAAAAAACUGCAUGAAAUGUUGGGCCCACACAUGCUGCGUCGUCUAAAGGCCGACGUACUGAAAAAUAUGCCUUCAAAAUCAGAGUUCAUUGUGAGAGUAGAACUUAGUCCGAUGCAAAAGAAGUAUUACAAAUAUAUUCUGACCAGGAAUUUCGAAGCCCUGAAUCCGAAAGGUGGCGGGCAACAAGUUUCAUUGCUGAACAUCAUGAUGGAUUUGAAAAAAUGCUGCAAUCAUCCCUAUUUGUUCCCCGCCGCUGCAGAAGAAGCUCCUUUGGGAUUGCAUGGACAAUAUGAUAUUGGACAUUUGACAAGGGCUGCUGGCAAACUAGUCUUACUUUCAAAAAUGCUUAAGAGGCUUAAAGAACAAGGCCAUAGAGUAUUGAUUUUCUCUCAGAUGACCAAAAUGCUGGAUAUUCUAGAAGAUUUCUUAGAUGGAGAAGGCUAUAAAUAUGAGCGAAUUGACGGUGCUAUUACUGGAAGUCAACGACAAGAAGCUAUCGACAGAUUUAACGCUCCAGGUGCUCCACAAUUUGUGUUUUUAUUGUCAACCAGAGCUGGAGGUUUAGGUAUUAACUUGGCCACUGCAGAUACAGUAAUUAUUUAUGACUCUGAUUGGAAUCCCCACAAUGACAUCCAGGCUUUCUCUCGUGCACAUCGUAUCGGUCAGGCUAACAAAGUUAUGAUCUAUCGUUUUGUAACCCGUAAUAGUGUUGAAGAAAGAGUAACCCAAGUUGCAAAAAGAAAAAUGAUGUUAACCCACUUGGUGGUACGUCCCGGCAUGGGUGGGAAAGGCGCGAAUUUUACCAAACAAGAACUCGAUGAUAUUUUAAGGUUCGGUACCGAGGAACUAUUUAAAGAAGAAGAAGGAAAAGAAGAGGAGGCUAUUCAUUAUGAUGAAAAAGCAGUUGAUGAACUCUUAGACAGAAGCAAGGAAGGUAUUGAACAGAAAGAAUCUUGGGCUAACGAAUACCUAAGUUCAUUUAAGGUCGCAAGUUAUGCAACAAAAGAAGGUGAAAACGAGGAGGAAGUUGAUACCGAAAUUAUUAAACAGGAAGCAGAAAACACCGAUCCAGCCUAUUGGAUUAAGUUGUUGCGGCAUCAUUACGAACAGCAACAAGAAGAUAUUGCUAGAACUCUCGGGAAAGGAAAGCGUGUACGUAAGCAGGUUAAUUACAAUGAUGGUGGAAUGACGACGGAGACAAGAGAUGAUAGUACUUGGCAAGAGAACUUAUCAGAUUACAAUAGUGAUUUCUCUGGAGGGUCCGAUAAAGAUGAAGAAGACGAUGAAUACGAUGAGAAGAACGAUGCUGGUGAUGUUAACAGGCGAAGUAGAAGGCGCAUGGAAAGGAAGGACGAAAGGGAUAGACCUCUUCCUCCUUUGCUCGCGAGAGUCGGCGGUAACAUUGAGGUGCUUGGCUUUAAUGCAAGACAACGUAAAGCUUUCCUAAACGCAAUAAUGCGCUACGGUAUGCCUCCGCAAGAUGCUUUCAACUCCCAAUGGCUGGUGAGGGAUCUCCGGGGGAAAUCCGAGAAAAACUUUAAGGCGUAUGUGUCGCUAUUUAUGCGCCAUCUAUGCGAACCCGGUGCUGAUAAUGCUGAUACUUUUGCUGACGGAGUGCCGCGAGAGGGACUAAGCAGACAACAUGUGUUGACCAGAAUUGGUGUUAUGUCUUUAAUUAGAAAAAAGGUUCAGGAGUUUGAACACAUAAACGGAGACUACAGUAUGCCAGAGCUUUACAAAAAGGCGAUUGCAGAUCAAAAUAAAAUGAGCAGCAGUAGCGGUGAUGCUGAUACGCCAAAAAGCGCUACAACGAGCACAAGUGCAACACCCGCUACCAGUGCUGCUCCGAGUCCAGCGCCAAACGCCUCAGGAGAGACAUCAGAUAAGGACAAACCGGAAAGUGACGAUACUAAAGAGAGCGAAAGUAAACUUGAACUUAAAACUGAAGUUAAAGAAGAGGAAAAGGAAAAAACUGCCGAAGAUGCAUCGAGCAAAACUUCGGAAGAUAAAGGAGAGACAGUAAAAGAACCAAAAGACGAACCCAAAGAUGAAGUAAAAUCUGAUGGUGACAAAAUGGAGGUGUCAGAAGUGAAAAAGGAAGAAUCAAGUGAAGAGUCCAAAUCGUCAGAAAAAGCCGUCGAAAUUAAAGAGGAGUCAAAAGAAGAAAUUUCUGAAGAAGAAACCAAGACGGAAGAUGAAAAGAAGGAAGAUGAAAAGGCAACAAUUAAGAAAGAAAAGGAUGAUGAAGUCAUGGUCAUUGAAGAUGACAAGCCAAAAGAAAUUAAAAAGGAAAUCGAAACGCCGGAUAAGAGGAAGUUUAUGUUCAAUAUCGCAGACGGCGGUUUUACAGAGUUGCACACGUUGUGGCUUAACGAAGAAAAAGCUGCCACGCCCGGUAGAGAGUACGAAAUUUGGCACCGUCGCCACGAUUAUUGGUUACUCGCUGGUAUUGUUACUCAUGGAUAUGGAAGAUGGCAAGAUAUCCAAGCUGAUGCUCGUUUUGCGAUCAUCAAUGAGCCCUUCAAGAUGGACGUCGGCAAGGGUAACUUUUUGGAAAUCAAAAAUAAAUUCUUGGCCAGAAGAUUUAAGCUUCUGGAACAAGCUUUAGUGAUCGAAGAACAAUUGCGUCGCGCGGCGUAUCUCAACUUGACGCAGGACCCCAACCAUCCCGCCAUGUCGUUGAACGCGAGGUUCGCCGAGGUCGAGUGCCUCGCUGAAUCGCACCAGCAUUUGAGCAAAGAAUCCUUGGCAGGAAACAAGCCGGCAAAUGCAGUUCUUCACAAAGUUUUGAACCAACUUGAGGAGCUUUUGAGCGACAUGAAAUCGGACGUGUCUCGGUUACCCGCCACUUUAGCUCGAAUACCGCCUGUAGCACAACGACUUCAAAUGUCUGAGAGGAGCAUCUUGUCUAGGCUCGCAGCUACAUCUUCCUCUAGCAAUCAGUCAACAGCUCAAGUAAUGAGUCAAUUCCCAACUGGCUUCAAUACUACCGGAAGCAUAGCAGGUUUUGCAGCCGCCAGUUUUUCGAAUUUCAGACCCCAAUACUCUGUCCCAGGACAGCCUCCAAGUGGGUUUUCAUAAAAUUCGAGACCUUAAUGAUGUUGAGUAAAUGGUAUUUCAUUGUGUACACUGUAUUUUUUGCUCAGACAAGCCUCCGAAGUCGCGGCGAUUUUGAUGUUAGCGAAUUAUACAGCUCUAGGCAUAUUUUUAAGUUAAAAUUUUUGUAUUUGUAGUUUCUGAGACCUUAUUUAUUAAUUUUAACAUAAUAAAAUAACUGGUAAGAUA